GUUCCCCUUUAUUUCGGGUCGGUCGCGGGGCGUCUGCGCGUUGCAGCUGCGGCGGGGCGAGGAGGAGCCUCCGCCUGGAAGAAGGGAAGGGAGGAAGGAAGGAGAAGGAGGAGAAAGAGGAGGAAAAGGAGCCGCCCCUCCAAGCGGCGCAGGAGAGCCAGGCUUCCCCUCUCUUGCUUCCCUUCCCAUUUGCCGCAUCCUGCAGCCCGGUGAUGAGCCUGGGCCGGCCUGCCGAGGCGGGGGAUGAUGGGCUCUGUAGUCGGGGCCUCCUCCCCGCUAAUUCUCCUUGGUUUCCAAGCCACGUGCAGGUGGGGGCCUUGGGGGCGAGGGGCCUGCGGGGCAAAGGCGGCCUGCCAGCCGGGGACGCCUUCGCUUUGCUCCAGCUGGGCAGGCAGAAGGUCCGCACCGCCGUCUCCACCGACCGCAGCGGCUGCCCGAGAUGGGACGCCCCGCCCUGGGCUUUGGAGCUGCCGUCCGCGCCGGGCACGCAGUCCGAACUGCAGCAGACUCAACCUCAAAGCCAAAGCCAAGAAGAGGAAGGCAACGACGCCCUCUUGCUGCGGGUGACGGUACUGCAGCGCGCUCUGGUCGGGAUGGACCGCUUCCUCGGCGCCGCCGCCCUGCCGCUAGGGGGCCUCCUCCGCACCGCGGGAAGGGAGCCGCACACACAGUGGUACAAGCUGCACUCGAAGCCCGGGAAGAAGGAGAAGGAGCGCGGGGAGAUUGAGCUGAGCCUGCAGUUUGCGCGCCACAGCCUGACGGCCAGCAUGUUCGACCUCUCGGCCAAGGAGAAGCCGCGCUCGCCUUUCGGGAAGCUGAAGGACAAGAUGAAGGGCCGGCACAAGUAUGACCUGGAGUCGGCCUCUGCCGUGGUGCCCAGCAGCUAUGGGGCCUUGGAGGAUGAGGUCCUGGGCCUGGAGGGGGGUCGCAAGGGGCCGCGGCUGCCCAAGGCGGGCUUCUUCUUCAAGGGCAAGCUGCGCCGGUCCUCCCUGACCCGCUCCAACACCUCGCUGGGCUCCGACAGCACCAUCUCCUCCGCCGGGAGCCUGGCGGGCAGUGCCGGGAAUGAGGCCUUCGCCCCGUCACCCGCCCGACACGGCAGCCUCUCCACUGACCGCUCCGUGAGAGACUUCCUGCCUUCACCCAAGCUGACCCACAAGCGGGCAUUCAGUGACGAGGCCUCACAGGUGGCUCUGCUGCCUGAAUCCAAAUCGGUCCAGAACCUGAAGCCUUCCGGGAAGGAGUCCAUCUCGCGCUCCUCGCUCUGCAUCAACGGAAGCCAUAUUUACUGCGAGGAGCCGCUUCCCAAGCCUUCCUUCCUCUCCUCGCCCCCGGCUCCGGCCGUCCUGCAGAAGCCGCCGGACGAGGGACCGCGUGGACCAGACCCAGAGCUUCCCACCUGGUCCAGUGCCAGAGGGCAGAAGGGGCCCCCCAAGGACCCCCCCAGGUUCAUCCCUUCGCCGCCCAUCUUGGCCGCUCAGGAGGAGGACAAGCUCUCGGUCAAGACCAUUGCGCUCAACAAGCAGAGGGGCCGAGCCAAGAAGGAGGAGGCGCUGCGGGCGGAGGGCAGGCCGGUCCAGAUGGCGGCCCCCUUGGUCUUCUCCUCGGACGUGGUCAGAGUCCGGCCACAGGAGAGGGCUGCAAAGACGGAGCAGGAAGAAGAAGAGGAGAAGAAGAAGGCCAGGACUGGCUUCUUCCGCCGACGCAGCAGCAGCAAAGACAGCGGGAUGGGGCACGCGGGCGUCUCGGCGGAAAGCGCGGAGCUCCCAGCCUCUCCGGGUCCGGCCAGCGGGCAAGAGCGGGGCCGGAGCAGCAGCGCCAGCGGAUGGUUUGGCCGGCAGGACCCCAAGGAUAAAAGACCCAGCUCCCAUCCCGGCCUGCUUGCUGCUGCCACAGAGCCUCCUCCCUGUUACCCCGAAGAUUGUGGCCCCUCUCCCUUUGGACCAGACCCCCAAAGACCCGCCUCUGCAGCCCCCUCCUCAGAGUGGGACGACAGCUUCUUCGACGCCUUCGCCACCAGCCGCUUGAAGCCGGACGUCGCCGGCGCAGAGAGUCCUCUCGCGCCGCUCCGGACGGACUCUCCAAACCCUGACGGGUCCCAGGUCCGCGAAAAGGGAGAUCAAUUUCCGAAAGCCCCCGACUUGCUGGACUUCGGACCUGAAGAGAGGCGGCCGGACACUGACCGGUCCGGCGAUGUGACUCUGACCCGCGACUUGGAAGCUCCUCCAAAGUGGACCGUAGAAGAGGAGACGCAACAAGAGAUUGGGGAGGGUCUUGUAGGCAUCAAGGGAGCAGAGUGGACGGAGACCCCCGAGGGGAUAUCAAGUGGAGACCCUUCCCAAGGUCUGGAGAGCGGCUUUGAGAGUCAGUGGGUCACUCCUGCUGCCUCUGGACGCCACUCUGCAAUGGUCAGUCUUCCAAGGGAUGGCUCAGAAGAUCAUGUCCCUUCAAAGGGUCCGGAGAGCAGCUUUGAGAGCCACUGGGCCACUCCUGCUGCUCCUGACUUCCCUUCCUCAGCCACAAUUCUUCCAGGUGUGGAAUUACCUGUGGGAGUUAGUGAAUCUGCAGUGGAGUCCUUCUCUACUUUGGGGAGCAUCCAAGCUCCUAAUGUUGGGAUGCAGGAGACAAAUGAUGUGGAAAGGGAGGAAGAAGAGGGGACUCCGAUCCCCGAGACCCAAGCCACGGCUCAUUUGGUCCUCAGUGCCGGAGAUGAUGUCGAGGAGGAGAGAGAGGUUGGAGAGGAGCGCGAGUGCAGGCGGGCGGAGACCCCACCUCCGAAGCCCCCCAGAAGGUUCACCCCACUCAGCCUCCAAGAAGAAGCAGGGGAAGCCAUGUGGGGACAGGCAGAGAGAGGUGAGAACGAGGCUGCUCUGUGCGAAGAGGCCAAACCCCUGAGACCCCCUUCGGAUGAAGAGAGACCCCCGACGGAAACCAUUCUCUUGUCACCGAAAGCAGUAAUUGGAGCAGGUGCCAACGUCCGAGCCAUAGGGAGACUCCAACUGGCCCCAGAACCUUCAGGUGUUAGCGAGACCCCCCAGGAGGUCGUCUUGGGGGGUGCCAAAGCCGAACAGUUCAGGACCUGCUUGUUGGCGCUCUCUGCGGACGAAUCGAGGUUGUCGGAGGAGAUGGAGGAUGCCGGUUGCCUUGAAGAACGUGAUGGAGAGUGGGCUAGAUCUUCCACUGGGGUGACCAAAGCCACCGAGGCCCCAGAGCUGGCUAGAGUGGGAUCAUUGCCAUCAACGGAGUUGCCCUACCCUAGAGAGACAAGCGGACAGCGAUCCCGAACUCUGAGCGCUUCGGCGUUCUUCUGGUCCGCCUUGGAGGAGCAGCGCGUGCCUCCCUCGCAGGACCAUCGUUCGCAAACACCGCCUGAUGAGCAAGGCUUCCCCAUUGAGGAGGAAACGAGAGAAGAGCCUUCCGCUGUCGGGCCGAACGAGUGGGGUCAUGUUGGCGCCAUACCCAUCCCUGCAAACGGCUCCGCCAACAAGUCAGAGUUCUCCUCAAUCUGGUCCGACGACCAGGUGCUGGACUUCAAGCGGGCCGACUUCUGGCAGGCGGAAAGGGGGGAGCGCAGCCCCGAAGUUGGGACCCCCGGCAACCCCUUUGCUCCCCGUCCUCCUCUGCCUUCCCCCCAGAACAACCCCUUUGUGGAACAGGCCCCCGACGUGCUCCCGGACCGCACUGCCAUCCUCCCGCUCUCCCACCAGAGAGGGCCCCUGUUCUCUGCUGUGGCCCCUGAGGAGGGUCCGGCGCUGACUCCAUCCCCCAUGUCACCCAACCUCGAGCCCCUGGCCUUCUCCACGCCGUUCCUACAGGGCGGCCUUGACCCCGGCGUCCCUUCUUCCUUUGGAGGCCCGGCUGCCACUCCGAUCCCUCUGGCCAUUUCCCAACCCAGUACUGAGCCGUCAGCUCCUUCCGUCCUGCCCGGAGAGACGUGGAGAGAAGAAGAAGGAGACGACAAAAGGGUGCCCCUCCAGCAGAAGGCCAGCCCUCACCCGGUGAAGCCCAUCAGCAGUUCCUCUGGGCCAGUGGUCAGCAAGGAGGAGAAGCCGCAGCCAGCGGUCAAGGCGAACCCUGUCCGGAGCUGCAGCGCUGACCGGGAGAAGCUCCAUCCCAGUAGCUCGAAGGAGGCCGUGCUUCCGGUCCUGCAGCUGGGAAAAACAGAAGCUGAAAAGGACCCUUCCUCGGACCCCUCCGCCCAGUACUACCACCUGACGCACGAGGAGCUGGUGCAUCUGCUGCGCAAGCGGGAGGCCGAGCUGCGCAAGGAGAAGGCGCACGUCCGGGAGCUGGAGAACUACAUUGACCGGCUGCUGGUGCGCAUCAUGGAGCAGUCCCCCACUUUGCUCCAGAUCUCCCUCAGAGACCCCGCCAAGUAGCCACCACGCCCCCACCCUCUGACCAGACCCCCGCCUCCCCUUUGACCCUUCUCUCCCCACCACUCCUCGCUUGGACACUCUG